AUGGCAUCUAUCGCUCGCUCAGUCUUUGCCCGUUCGUUGGCUACUGCCAGCAGACCUACCUUCUCUUGCCGCAUCGCCAAUGCCUCAUCUACUCGCUGCUUCUCAGCCAGAUCAGCUGCCCUAGCAAAGAAAUACACCCAAGAUCACGAAUGGAUCGAGCUCUCCCCGGACAACAAAACCGGCACAAUCGGCAUCUCGACCUACGCCGCCAACGCCCUGGGCGACGUCGUGUUCGUCGAACUGCCCACCACCGAUCUCGAAGUCUCUUCCGGUGACACCAUCGGCAGUGUCGAGUCUGUAAAAUCCGCUUCUGAUAUUAUGACUCCUGUGUCGGGAGUCAUUGUCGAGGCCAAUGCUGUGUUGGAGGAGAAGCCGAGUACAAUCAACAAGAGUCCGGAGGGUGAGGGCUGGAUUGCCAAGAUUGAGGUUAGGGAUGUUAAGGAGGUGGAGGGGUUGAUGGAUGAGGGGGCUUAUAAGAAGUUUACUGAGGAGAGCGAGGAGUAA